AUGACGUCGGAUCCGGGAUCUGCUACAGGCUCUCAUGCCUCAGCCAGAUCGCCAGGCUCUCCUGCCUCCGCCGGCUCGUCAGGCUCUCAUGCCUCAGCCGGCUCGUCUGGGUUUCAUGCCUUCGCUGGAUCGCCAGGCUCCCCUGCUUCCGCCGGCUUGUCAGGCUCUCAUGCCUCAGCCGGCACAUUCCCAAGCAUCAGCAGGGGUGGCCAGUCCACUCCUGAUCCCUCGGAUCGUCCUUUUGGUUGGCGUCCUGUGGCUGGACCCGAACGUGCCGGGGAGGGGGCCCCAGAGUCUGCAACACCACUAAGCAAGGGGCACCACCAAGCAAGCGGCACCAUGAAGACCAAGGAGCUCUCCAAACAGAUAAUGGACAAAGUUGUGAAGAUUCCGACGGACAAGUCUGUGUUUGGCCGACGCAAGGAGAAGGCUACCUGCCCCAAUGGAUAG